UCAACUCAGUUGAGUUCAGGAUGAAUCGUCCUAAGGAAACAUAAACACGAAGUCGUUUUGAAAGCCGAUUUUUAACCUUAUAAACGACGUCGUACUUGCAGUUUGUAUCCAAAAAGAAUCUGCUUGAAGGUUUUUCCAGGGGAUGAUGAUCUAGAAGAAAUGGAGGGCACCAGGAAAAGGCAAGGUUACGUAUGGGCGGUAUCUGCCGGAAUCAACGCUGCUUUGGCCGCCAUUGCCGCCAAGUUCAUCACCAGUCAGUUAUUUAAAUAUGCACUGGUCGUGGCAUUCAACGUAAUUAUGUGGGGAUGUUACGUUAGUAGUCUCAAAGCUCUUUCAUCUCUGCAAGCUACGGUUACGAAUUUCGCCACCAAUUUCAUCUCUUCGGGUGUAGCUGGAUAUCUUUUAUUCAAUGAGACACUAUCUGCUCAGUGGUUUGCAGGUGCCUUGCUAAUUGUAAUCGGUGUAGUGAUACUUAGCAAGUCGAGUAUAGAACAAAAGGCUAGCGUGGAUUAGAAACUGAGAUGAUAUUUGGUUUUGCUCUUAAUCAAUCGAGAAUCGAUUUUCCCUUAAUGAAGGUCGGUAUCAUCAAGUCGUUAACGUUGUAGCAGUUUAUCUAGUUGAUGCACAUUUUUAGGACUAUGUCAACUAGUGUGUGUUGUCUGUUUGAUCAAGUCUUAGUUGUUGAUGCCUACGGACAAGUGUAUUCUGUUUUUGGUUAUUUAAAUCCUCAUUGUCGAGCAUUAAUCUCUAUCUUUUUCGCGGAUAUGUAUCUCUUAGUCCGUUGCUUACAUGUGAGUUUUACUUGUUUGUAAUGGAGUCAAUACACGUAUUUUGUCGUCGUUUCUAUCAUUUUAAUAGAUAUCACUUGUUCUGUUUUCUGCA